GCGAUAACAAACAGCAAUUUAUCGUCCGAAACCGAGUGAAGCGGAGGAUUGAAAAGCAGGAGAAAAUGACGGAGGAGAGGUGAAAGGGCGGCACCAGGGGGAGACGACAAAGAAGGGAAGCAGAGAAACCAGCUAAUGAGCGAUGACAGGAGGAGGGGAAAGGAGGAGGAGAGAGCCGAGAAUAAGGGAUUGUCUCCAAACAAGUCAAUCUGACAGCUCCUAGUUGAUGCUGAAUCAGUUAGAGACAUUUCUGCUUUCAUUAAAAGGUUCUGCUACCAACAGAUCCUAGUUUGGUUUUGAGGAAACCAAGUACUUUCUCCAGUCAGUUCAAGGAUUUCACAGCAGAGUGCAGGAUGGUUCCUGGAGUUCAGGAUGUUGACUCAGCAAAGGGUGUCACAGUGAAACCAGGGACGUCCAUGUUCCUCUCGCUGCUGCUUGUCUGGUGUUUCCUGUUUGUCUCCCAUGUUGGUGGCCUACGCAGCUUCACGCCUCAGCCUCUCCAGUCAGAGGUGACGUUGUCUGAACUCCCCAGUACCAAUCGUCCUACAAAUGCAGAGACGCACAUGUCGCAAGAGACCGCCAAUAAACCGUCCGUCUUGUUGGACUCCGAAGCAGAAAACCUGAAGGCUGAGAACAGCCUGAGGGCUAAACAUGAUAGAAAACUUGCAAGUUCCAACUCGUCUCAAAACCCUAAAACUAAGCCGCCAGGCCGCCCUAAGUGCACCCACGAAAUGUCGAUAAGAGCCAUCUUCAAGUACAUCAACACGGCAUUCUCCUUCCUGAUCUUUGCUGUGGGGAUCAUCGGCAACGUCACCCUGUUGAGGAUUAUCUGCCAACAUAAAAACAUGAGGAACAGACCCAACGCCCUGAUAGCCAGCCUCGCCAUGGGAGACAUACUGUACAUCGUCAUAGACGGCCCAAUCAAUGUCUACAAGCUCCUGGCAAUGGAGUUCCCAUUCGCCGACCAACCGUUCGGUCAGUUCCUCUGUAAGUUGUUGCCCUUCAUUCAGAAGACUUCGGUCGGCAUCACCGUCCUCAACCUGAUUGCUCUCAGUGUGGACAGGUACCGUGCGGUGGUGUCCUGGUCUCGGAUUCAGAGCAACGGCAUUCCCAUGGAAACGGUGGUGCAGAUUGUCAUGAUCUGGAUGCUGUCUGCCUUACUGGCCGUGCCGGAGGCCAUCGGCUUCAACCUGCACCGCUUCAACAUCGCCAGCAACGUUACCAUUAGUACCUGCCUAGUGAGACCCGAGACCUCCUUCUUGAAAUUCUACAUCAAGUUCAAGGAUUGGUGGAUAUUUGGCUUCUACUUCUGCAUCCCUCUGACCUGCUCGGCGAUUUUCUACGGCCUCAUGACUCACGAGUUGCUCCGGCACGAGAAGGGAGAUCUAAAGCGCUCACUGGGUGAACAACUGAAACAGCGCCGCGAAGUGGCCAAGUCUGUGUUCUGCCUGGUGGUGAUCUUUGCCCUCUGCUGGCUUCCUCUUCACUUCAGUCGGCUGCUGAAGUUGAUGGUCUACGAUCCAAACGACCCUGGCCGCUGUGAAUUACUGAACAUACUGCUGGUGCUCGACUACUUCAGCAUCAACUUGGCGACCAUCAACUCCUGCAUCAACCCCAUCAUCCUCUUCUUCGUCUCCAGGAAGUACAGGCACUACUUCAUGACACCAUGUGGUCCAGAUACUGCACCUCCUUCUUCAUCAACUGGCACAUCAAAGACCAGCUGGAUGUGUUCCAGAUUCUCCUCAAAUGUUUUAGAAAAUAUUAUGAGGUCAUCAAGGUAACCGAGCAGAAGAUGCUGUUUUGCUGCUGUUACUCUCGGCCUUUCUCCAGCAACCUGCAGACUCCAACGUGGGACCAGUCAGCGGUUAAAAAACU